AUGCAUAUUGAACAUAUAUCGAAAAAAGUUAUAAAUAAACAAGAAAAUACAAAUAAUACAUAUUUUGCUAGUUUACUCCGAUUUUCUAAGUUUAUACAACUAGGUAAUAUUGAAGAAAAAAUAGUCACAGGGAAAAUAUUUCAAGUUGUAAAUAAUGAUUUAUAUAUUGAUUUUGGAUGGAAAUUUUAUUGUGUAUGUUCGAAUCCAAUGCAGAAUAAUAGCAAAUUUGUUAGAGGAGCAACCGUUUACCUACAAAUUAAAGAUUUAGAAAUAUCUACAAGAUUUCUAGGAAGUGAUGUAGAUACAACUAUUUUGGAAUCAGACUGCAUUCUUCUAGGAUUAAUAAAAGAAAACAAAUUAAUUAUAUAAUAUAUUAUUUUAAUUUAUAUUAUUUACUU